GGCGGGCAGCGGGAGCGCCAUGUCGAUGGAGGACCCCUUCUUCGUGGUGAAGGGGGAGGUGCAGAAGGCUGUGAAUACUGCCCAGGGGCUUUUCCAGAGGUGGACUGAGCUCUUGCAAGAUCCCUCCAUUGCCACAAGAGAAGAAAUCGACUGGACCACUAAUGAGCUCAGGAACAACCUGCGGAGCAUCGAGUGGGACCUGGAAGACUUGGAUGAAACUAUUAAUAUCCUUUCUGCAAACCCACGGAAAUUCAACCUCGAUGCGACGGAGCUGGGUAUCAGGAAAGCCUUCAUCACGAGCACACGGCAGGUGGUCAGGGAAAUGAAGGAUCAGAUGUCAAACUCCUCCAUGCAAGCACUGGCUGAAAGAAGAAACAGACAGGCACUCCUGGGAGAAAGUGGGAGUCAGAGUUGGAGCACUGGACCUGACAAAUACAGCCGUCUGGACCGGGACCUGCAAUUAGCAAAUUCACACUUCAUUGAAGAGCAGCAAGCUCAACAACAGUUGAUUGUGGAGCAGCAGGAUGAGCAGUUGGAGCUGGUCUCUGGCAGCAUUGGAGUGCUGAAGAACAUGUCCCAGCGCAUUGGUGGGGAGCUGGAGGAGCAAGCAGUGAUGCUGGAUGACUUCUCCCACGAAUUAGACAGCACUCAGUCGCGGCUUGAUAACGUCAUGAAGAAGCUCGCCAAAGUGUCUCACAUGACAAGUGAUCGACGGCAGUGGUGUGCAAUUGUCGUUCUCUUCGUCAUCCUGCUGGUGGUGCUCAUCCUGCUUUUUGUCCUGUGAUGGACUGAACUUCCUCAGCUGCCCCCUCCGUGCCCCCUCGCCCCGGUGUCACAGGGAAAUGAAACUCUCACCGUUUCCGUCCGCACACAGAGAAACCUGCCCCCGGCUCCCAACAUUCUCCUCUGAGGACCAUGGUUCAGCUCUGCUGGUGUCUCACCGGGACCUGGGAAGAAGGGGUGCAGGACUGGAGCUGCCUCCUCCCCCAGUGCAGUGUGAUCUGGACCUGACCUCCAGGUCUGGACCCAGGCAGCUGGAGGGGGACUUGACCCCUUACCCUUUCACCUCGUGCAGGUAGGAGCUGGUUGCAGCAGUCCCAAGCCGCCUGUGGUCAGAUGCGAACACAGAGCAGCAAGCCCUGGGGAGGACAGGAGCGGGGAGGAAUUGGUUGAUUCACUGAGCAUUACAAACCGCAUUGCCAGCCUCCAGUGCUUGCCAGCCAAAGGCAUUACUGGGAGGAGUGGUGGUGUGGAAGUCCAUUCAGCCCUGGUGAGGGAGGGGAGCCCCGGCUGAGCUCCCGCUGCCCCACACUGCCUUCCUCCCAUGGGCUGGCUCCUGCUGCUGACUUACUGCCGAGGUACCACAGUGAGGCUCCAGCUGAGCUCACAUCCACCACCGCUUGGCAGAAGCCUGCAUGCAGGUGAGCCGUAGGGUGUCCUGUCCUGUCCUGUCCUGUCCUGCCAUCGGCCGGCUGGGUGUGAUGAGGAACCCCAGAGCUUUAAACUUGGGUUGCUGUAUGCCGAAAGCUGGCAAACAACCGUUAGCCGGAGAGGGAAUUUCUUAAAGCUUUUAAAAUUGCCUGCUUCGUUAUACAAGCCUCUAAAGCUCAUUGACUGAUGCUUUCUUUGCCCUUGUAUAACUGAGUAACUGCUUCUGUUUAACAGCUGCUUCCCUUUGGCAAGUGAUUUGUCAGGUCUAAAAUAACUUAUUUUUUUUAAGGAAAAAAAAAAAAACCUUUAAAAACGUUUUUGAUGACCGUUCAAGCCCCAUUCUCUCUGCGGGUGCACAGCAUGCAUUGUCAGAGGAAUGAAGCUCCAGUCUGUACUUUAAGUGCAUAUGAACUUGUAAAUAGGAUGUCUUAAUUUUCGCAGCUGCUUUUUUCUGACACCUCCAUUGUGAGCAACUGAAAGGCAGGAGAUUUAAAGCUAGGUCACAUUCCUGUAGUACUUCCCAGUCCUGUUACCUUUGAGUUGUCUCCGCAGUGUUGGAUAGCCUAGGUGUCUCCCUUGUACAGUGAAUGAGAAGUCAGCCAGGUGGUUGAUACCAGCAUGUGGUGAAUAAAGCUCACCCUGGCAGUAUCACAGGGGAGAAGUGCAGCCAGGGGGUUACGCUGCUAACACCAAUUAGAGGAUAUGGGGUGACUUCAGACAAACAAAAGCGAUUGCUUACUGAAGUCGUACUCCCAUAUUUAAGUUGCAAACACCAAGAGACUCAGGCCAGGCUGGCUUUACACCUCUCAUCUGGCUCUCAGAUGGGGCUGGGGGAGGAAGUUAAUUGGUGCUGUUACUAAUACUUCUGCUGCAAUUGCAACUCAUCCCUGGAGAUCACCCUCCUGGAGUGGUAAGCUCACCACCAGACAGCUUUACCUCUGGGAUGCUUAGCCUGGACUGAACACUUCUCCCCACCGCGUGUGUGGCUCCCUUCCAGCAGUUGUGUGAUGCUCCUGCCCUGCCACAGGCACUAGGUGCUGAGGGCCAGCAGCACUGUGCCUUCUGCAGCCACCAGACUGGGAUAAGGGGGUCUGAGAUGGAUCUGCCCUACCGCACACCUGGGUGGGUGCUUUCCUCAUCAAUGCACAUGUGCCCCGAGCAGCAGCCCACACUAACGGUUUCAGCUCUUUGGCCUUGUGGAGAACCUCAUUUAUUUUGGUGUCAUUGCAAGAAAUAUGUGGGGUCUCCUUUCCAGGGCUGCCUGUAACAGCAUCUGCAUGGGUCCUUGGGCUUAAUACCUCUCCAAGGGCAGGUUCCCAGGAGCGUGAGUCUAACCAGAGAGUGGGGAUCACUGUUGGCCGGUAUUUGCACACCUUUGAUGUUAUUUUCAGCAUGGUAUUGCAUCCUUCAGGAACAACUGAUGCUCCAUGCAGGACCGCACCACAUUUAGUCUGGCGCAGUGCUGGAGGUUGGCCCAGCUGCUGCCAUUGCCACAAGCCACCGAACAGCCUUCAGUCCGUUUUCUGUGUACAUUAGCUUUUUCUGUUGGUGGUGGUGCUGCUCCCUUUAACACUAAAUAAACUUACUGCUGCUGCUGUGCCACACUGGGCAGCGGCCAGGAUCACUGUCCCUU